UGGUCUUAUCAUCACGAAGGUGCACUUGCUCGUUUGAUUACGAUUCCAACAAAGUGGAACCAGACAUUUCAACGCGUGUCAUAUUUGCAGCAUGGAGACUUACAACUUAAGGGACCUGAGACACUCUCCUUGAAUGCGUCAGACUGCCGCGGCGAAGGAUGGGCCCUUUUCUCCCGGCGAUUUGCGUCGUGCUGCUCGCCCUGAACGCCGCUGUCUCGCCGGCCUCUGUCGGCCCUGAGGACUAUUCCGCCGUGGAUGAGGCCGAGAGAACUGCCAACAAUGACAACAUUUUCGAUGACUACCGAGGGAAAGGUUGCGUGGAUGACAGUGGCUUCGUGUACAACCUCGGGGAACGCUUCUUCCCAGGCCACUCGAACUGCCCGUGCGUGUGCACGGAGGACGGACCUGUCUGUGACCAACCCGAGUGCCCUAAAAUACACCCCAAGUGUACCAAGGUGGAACACAACGGGUGUUGCCCCGAAUGCAAGGAGGUCAAAAACUUUUGUGAAUACAGAGGGAAGACUUAUAAAAUCCUGGAGGAGUUCAAGCCUUCGCCCUGUGAAUGGUGCCGCUGCGAGCCAAAUAACGAGGUGCAUUGUGUGGUCGCUGACUGUGCAGUACCGGAGUGCGUCAACCCAGUGUACGAGCCAGAACAGUGCUGCCCCAUCUGUAAAAACGGUCCAAAUUGCUUCGCUGGAACGACGAUCAUCCCAGCUGGCAUUGAAGUGAAGGUGGACGACUGCACCAUCUGUCGGUGCCACAGCGGGGACUGGUGGAAGCCUGCGCAGUGCUUGCGCCGGGAGUGUCUAAACGGCCAGACGUCAUCAUAGAAACCCUCCAGAGCUGAAGGGAGGGACACAAUGAGAUGUGUGGCACAGCUGUCGGUGCAGGGGACGGCCCACCUUAUGACAGCGAGGGACUGAUUGGCAGGAGCACAAUUCCUCUGGCAAACUGAGAUGACUGGACAUGCUGAGAUAAAUGGGACAUACUGUACACUCAAACACAUACACACACAUAAAAGUCCUUGGCAGAAUCAUAACAAGUGUCUUUAACUGAGGCCACAUUUUUCUCCUGUGACGAGUUCAUACUUGGGUGAACCUCAUGAAAACA